AUGAAAGCGCUGAGUCAUGAGGCUUGCUUCAACACCACAGACGCCGAUCCAGUCAGUCUCGUGGCCACGGUAGAGUCGAUUCUCAAACAAACCGGGGAAUCCGACGAAACAAAGCAAAUCAUUCGACAGCAGGUAACCUCCUUGGCGAUGGCACACAAACCACGUGCAACUAUUACCAAGGCCGAGCAGAGUGCUCUCAAGACACUGAGGGCUGACACCAGCAUCGUGAUUCUACCAGCAGACAAAGGGCGCUCCACAGUUGUGAUGGAUAAAGCAGACUACAUUCAGAAAGCCAAUGCCCUACUGGAGGACCGACUGGCGUACCUACCAUGUAAUGAUGAACCGAUGGCGAAGCUGGUGACGCAACUGGACAAGACCCUUGUCGACAUGCAAACUAGCAAGGCAAUAAAUAAAUCGGUACGACUGGCCACUAAGCCGGUAGACGCGGCCGCACCACCCUUUUACGGACAGCCAAAGGUGCACAAAGCUGGGGUGCCCCUCCGGCCAAUCGUAUCAUUGCGCGGCGCACCUACAUUCAAUUUGGCUAAAUGGAUGUUCCGAAACCUGAGGUCUCUCACCUCAAACGCGGGCACGACGGUGUGUUAA